AUGGAGCACGAGGAUGCAGUUGUUAUGAGUAGUGAUGGUGGGGCUGGCCCGAUCCCGCCUGUGAAAAGGUGUUUCCCAAAGCGGGAGCGCUCUGAUGGGGAUGUUGUCGGCAGCGUUGCCAGCCACGACGGCGAGGCGGUGCGCGAACGACGCCCAACGCGGUUUACCGUGCGACGGCAUUAUUUUCUCCCUAGCGACAUUGUUUGGGUGCGCCCGGCCGGGCUGCCGUAUUGGCCGGCGGAGGUGGUGCAGGCGGACGUCGCCACCACCAGCAUCACGGCGCGCCUUUUUGAUCCGCCGGCGUCGCACCUCUCGCACGUCGGCGGAGACGCGCCACGGGGCCACGUCACGGUGCCCGCUACGAAGGUGUUCUUUUUUGACCGCCUUCAGACUCCAGAGGAGGUGGAGGCGUGCGUCGAGGAGCGGCUGCAGCGGAAGACGCACGACGUGUCUGCCUACGAGGCAGACUUCCAGCGCGCCGUUCUGCAUGCAAAUCGCCUAGUACGCAUCGUUCUGAGUCCGGAAAAGCUUCAACCGUACGCCAUCUGCGGGGUUGGGGUGGUGCACAGCCUGAUGCGAACGCACAUCUCGGCCCCGCGACAGCCGCACACUGCAAAGUUUGUGCCCCAGACCGCCGUCAUUAAGCUGCGGGUUGGCCUUGAGAACGCUGUCCGGGACCUGCGAGGGUUCGAAUUCAUUUGGGUGCUCUUCUCCUUCUCCUACGCCACUUCCGCUGAGGAGCGGGAGGGUGGGGGCGGGCCGGGCACCGUGGAGCCCCUGCCCGCGGGAACGCAGCGUCGCCGACGACGACAAGGCGCUGAGCGUUCCGCAGGAUUCAAAACGAUGCUUGUGCCGCCGCGCGACACGGAGCUGCGUGGGGUCUUUGCGACGCGAAGUCCGCACCGACCAAACUUUAUUGGAAUCUCAUGUGUGCGGCUUGUUGCUGUGCGUGGGCUGGAGAUUCACAUUGCCGACCACGAUCUCCUGCACGGCACGCCGGUGCUUGAUAUUAAACCCUACUUGCCAUUCUGUGACGCCCACCCGAACGCAAAGGCGGGGUGGGUGGAAGCGCUGGAUGCGUCCGGCGGGGGUGGCGCGGACCACAAGUACGACAUGCAGCGACUGCAAGUGGAUCGUGUCUUUGAGGAGGAGGAGUGA